AUGUUGACACUCUUCGCCUGUGUGCCUCAAUUCAUAAGAUCACAGACUCAAUCGCUUAUUCUGGCCACAAUCACCACCGGGACGAAUGGAAUCAAGAUAUUGACCAGCUUAACUAUUCCCGGCCGCGCUCGAAAGACCGCGUGUACCAUGAAUGGAAAUCCUGAAUUUGUAGAAAACGAAUUUCUGGUGCUCAAGCGGCAAGUCUCUAGCUCAUUCCUUUUGGGAACUUUACCCACAGAAGCUGUCUUCCUGACGUCCUUGAGAUUUCAAGCUUUUCCAAGGGCCAUGCGAUGGUCUCUGUUUGAUUUAAGCCCGGCUUACCUCCUUAGAAAGAACCGAUGUCUUUGCCAUACUAUGGCGGUUAUCACGAAGGGAUUAAAAGUUCUAGAGUUGCGUAGCUUGGAUCGUGAUCACGAGGCACCACAAACAAACCUGAGCUGCCAGACUUUUGAAAUAUCGGCUCUUUGGAAAAAGAACUAA